AUGGCGGCGGGGAGCGGCGGCCCGGCGGCGCGGGAGCUGUUCGCCGAGGGGCUGUUGCAGUUCUUGAGGCCGGCGGUGCGGCAGCUCGACGGACACGUCCACGCAGUCAGGGAGAGCCAGGUGGAGCUGCGGGAGCACAUCGACAGCCUGGCCACAGAGCUGUGCCGCAUCAACGAGGACCAGAAAGUGGCGCUGGACCUCGACCCCUACGUGAAGAAGCUGCUGAACGCCCGGCGCAGGGUGGUGCUGGUCAACAACAUCCUGCAGAACGCCCAGGAACGGCUGCGGAGGCUGAACCACAGUGUGGCCAAGGAAACGGUGCGGAGGAAGGCCAUGCUGGAGGCGGCGGGCGGCUACCCCCAGGGCUUGCCCGGCAAGUGAGGCCCCCGCAGCAGCGCUGGGCUGGAUCUGCCUCGCGCCACAGCUGUGCCGACAGCCCUGUGAGCUGGGCCGGAGCAGGAGUGGCCCCAGACGGUGAUGGGUGCUACCCCGUUAAGGACAGCGAACAGAGCAGGCGACUGGUGAGGGGAGUUGGUAUCCCUGUUUGUAGCAGCGCUCUCUGAGCAUCCGCAGCACGGGAGGGGGCAAGAAGUUCUGAAGUUCUGCACAGUGAGGCCGCAGCUCUUCAGCUGCAGCUGAAGGAUCUGGGGGACCCUGAACUGUAUUUCCAGGUUUGUAGGUGCCGUAAUAAAAGCGACCAUGUGUUGUUUAUGGG